AUUAAAAUUAUUGAACUCAAUAGGUGUAAUAAAAAUCUACUUCAUAGUGAAAAAUUUUAAAAUUUAAUGAAUCGGUUGCAUAGAUUCAUACAAUUGUUUUUUUGUCCUUAGUGACUUGGAUUUGGUCUUGAAUUUUUUGUAUCCCUCAAUCUAUUGUGCUUUUUUUUUGAAUUUGAUAUUUCCUCAUAAUAGGUAGAUAAUUAUUGUAAGAAAUUUUCUCACUUUCCUGCAGAACACAAUAUUAUCUAUUAAAUUGUUUUAUUUAAUUUGUGAAAUCGUUAUUAUUAUUAUUUUUUAUGUUUAGAAAUAAGUGAAUAGAAUACCUGCAACAAUGGAAAUGGCAUUUGAAGAUCUUUUGGCUAUGCUAGAUGAAAAAAUAAAAUUUGGUGAGAAUUUAAUAACACAACUGCAGUCAGUGCAACAUUUAGAUGGCGUUAUGAAACUACAAAGAAAAAUCCGCCAAGAAAUUGAGUUUUUAAAAAAGUUGCAAAAAUCAAAGAAAGUAAAAACUGAACAACUAUCAUGUUCAAAUCUCCGACAUUUGGGUGCUAUGGUAGAGUGUGCUAUGAGACCGGGAGUGGUGGCUGUAUGCAAAAUAUUCCACAUAGAUGACAAUAGUAAAUUGGUUAUUGACAUCAUCAGUGAACAGGGCAAAACAUGGACUAAAGUAAUAGCACGAAAUCCUAAAUCUCUAACAGCAUUAAGUACAGGUAAUGCAUCAUAUGGAGCAAGGUCUAUCCUAGAUCAGGCCAAUGAUUAUUUGGAGUGUGCCAAACUUUAUCCAUGUAUGUAUCAAGCGCCUAAGGUGGUGUUUGAAUUUAUGAGUGGCAUAGAAGAAAAUCUGGCAAAUAAGCUAAAAGCAGUAGGUGUUAUAGUCAAAGGUAAUGUCCUGCCUGAUUCGAGGCCAAUUAUUGGCGAAGACUGUGAUGAUUCAUGGGAUUCUGAGUGUAGUGAUGAAGAAAUUGAGUGUAAUAGACAAGAAACUAUCUUACAAGACGUAUCACAAUGCAUAGAAGAACACCCUGAGUUAACUACAUUGAACCUUGAUGUCACUGCCAUGAUGGCGUAUGUUAGUAAUAUGACAAAUGGUCACUGUAAAUAUGUAUUCAAACAGGAUGUUUUAACACAGCAAGCUGCAUGGGAGGCAGAGAGACCUGUGAAACCUGUUUUAGACAAGUUAUUUCAAGGAAAGGUGUUGAUUUGUUGCACUACAGCUUGGGAUGAUUUUGAAAAGAUUGUUAAUACUUUGGGUGGACCAAUGGAAAAGAAAAGGACAGCACAGUUAAAGGAUGUUGUUAAAGUAUUUCCAGAUGAUUUUGGCGGUGAAGAUGAUUAUCCAAGAAAGAAUUUAAAAGUAAGGGGUCAUGUUCGUUUAAGAUCAAAGACGGUAUUCAAUUUUGGACACAGAAGUAAGGCUCUUACAGUAUCUGCAAAUGAAGGUUUUGUGAGAGCAGCAUGGCAGCAGGGUGUAACAUAUGCUGCAUAUAUUCAUGAGUCUAGAGCACUUACAGAAGGUAAAGAAGCCACUGCCACAAGGAUAUUAUGACCCCACUGGAGAAAUGCUACUUAUGUAUUGUGAUUUUUUUAUAAUUGACAUACCGACCGGACCUGAAUGUAUGGAAUAAUUUGGCUGUUGAUAGAUUAUUUAAAUAUAAAUAAUUUUAACUAACUCUGUGAUCAUUAUACAUUUAAAAUAUACAGUAUAAAGUAUACUA